AUGGAGCCCAGCGUCCUCGUCGCCGCCCACCUCUCCGCCCUCUGGCCCGCCACCCUGCCCAUCCCCGUGUUCUCCACCCAGAAAAACAUCCCGCCCGCCGACCCCGUCUAUGGCCUCGCCCAAUCCCCCGAGCACGCCUCUUCCGCGUCCCUCUUCCACUCCCCACACACCGGCACCAUCCUCUCCCGCGUCUCCCAUGGCGGCCUCCUCCUCGAGCUUCUCUCCCUCACCCACGACCUCCCCCCGCUCCGCUUCGACUUCCCCGCAGCGAUCCUCCCCUCCCCCUCGAUCGUCCUCUUCAAGGACGAAGAGCUCCACGUGCUGCUGGUCACUCGCUUUCAGUCUCUCUACCGGCUCGUCAUCCCCCUACGCGAGGGCGCUCCACUCUGGUCGCCCACCGCGAAUCGCAGGUGGUAUCGCGAGUACGUGAUCCAGACGCCGUGCAACAGCAUCGUCCAUGUCCACGACCCCUACUCUGUCGUCCUCGCGCUCAAUGACGGCUCCCUGCUGCGCCUCGAGACUGAACGCCUCGGAGGAGACACAACAGACGACGUCUGGCGCGAAACAAAGUACGAUGCACGGUCCUUCCUCCACUCCAUCACCUCGCUCCUUCACACCAGUCUUCCUGGUGCCUCAGAUAUCGUCUCCAUUGCCAGUCACCCGCAACCGACGGACAUCGGAAACGUGUGGACCCUGUCGCGCGAUCGUCAUCUCCGCAUGUGGACACCAAGAGGUGGAUGCCUUGCAGAGCACGCGCUCCCCCCGAUGGCUCCGCGCGCGCUGCCGCGGGCCCGCGAAGGUGCCCUAACCUCGGGUGGUUUCUUUCAGCUCUUCGCCGUCGAGGGCGACGCCCUCCGCCAGUUGGCUACCUUCGAGGCCUCGGAGGCUAGCGUACACUGUCACCUCCAAGACUUCACCGUCCUCGACGAUACCUUGUUCACCCUCUGGGACAAGCAGGGCCAGUCUAUGGCGAUGUUCGACGACAUCGCUACCUCGGGCGGUUGGUCUGCAGCAACGUACGCGCACGAAGCGGAGCUCACCCCUGCCUUCCUGGAUGAGCUUUUGCUUCUCAGUGGCUCUAUGGCCGACAAGUUCUUCGACGCCAUCAUGCGCCCUGGAACCUUCUCUCCUCUCACCCUCCAGACGGCGAUUACCCAGUACACGGACACUUGUCGCUCUCUGCCGCCGCCCUACCCGCCCCAGCUUCUUGCGUCAUACGGUACUGUGGCCGAGCAGAUCACGUCAGUGGUCGGCUGCACCGUGCAGCGAACGAAGGACCCCAAGACUGGCGCGCCAUUAGACCAGAACUACUGGAAUGCGCUCAAGCGAGACUGGGAAGGUUUCAUCGCUCGCUGCAGGGAAAUCGAACGGAAUGGUCUAUGGCCUCUUGCGAUCGGUCGUGGUAGCCCCGACGAAGGCAUCAUCAUCGUGGAGCGCGAGCGGAUCGCCUCCCUCGCAGGAGAGGACCUCUCAUUACGGCUACACCGUCUGCUGUCAACAAAUACGCCCGUGGACCCACAAUUCGCCUUCCUCGAGGUCUUGUGGACAUUGCGCAGUAGCCUGGACGCGCGGGCCCUCCGAACUCUCGAGGACUCUCUCCACGAGGUCGUCCACCAAGAGACGGCGUUUCCCUACCCGGAUAUCAUUGAAGACCAAGUGCGGGCUACAGAGUUCGACCUUACGAUCGGACGUCUUCGUGCACUCGGAAACCCCGAGGAGGGGGGCUUCGAUAAGGAGGUGAAGAGGGAGGAAGACGAUGCCCUGCUGCUCUCACGACCCAUGAUUCAGCAAUGGGCCAAGGCCCUCACUGCUUCAUACGUUAUGACUUCUCUCCAAUCCUGGGAUGCCAGCCUGCUGGCGGAAAUUUUCGUCGUCUUCCGUGGCAUUGCCAUGCUUCGCUAUGUCGCGCGCCAUCCUGCCGGCGACCGGGAAACUCCGGUGCAAGCGCAGGCCGGUGGCGGGAGCGGGGAAGAAGACGUUGUCGCCAAGAUGCGCAACAUGCACGUUUCCACCAGCCGUGCUCACGCGACCAAGCUCGAGGUGCUCUUCUGUGAGCGCCUCCGCCUGCUGGGUUAUCGCGAGGUCGCGCGAGAGGCCGCGGAGUGGCUGCCGCGCACGCCCGCAGUCAUGUACGUACGUGCGCGUCUGCGUCUGGACGAGGGGCGCUACGACGAGGCCGCCGAUGCACUCGAAGUCCUCGCAGGCAGCUUCGGUCCUCACUCCGGCGUGUCAGUUGACGAUGCGGAGGCUCUCGCUGCCGUGCUUCCUUCGGGGCGCCUUUUUACCACCCAAUUUGAGCGGCACAAAACACGCAGUUUGAUGUGUCUUCACACAGCUCGCGCUCUCGGUCACCGACAAAAGCUUCGACACAUCAUCGCUCUGGCAGAACGUGAUCAAGGGUUGACCGAUUUAGGCGAGUAUGAGGACGCAUACAGCGCGCUGGUGUCAACGCCUUACGAGCGACUAAAGAGGGAGUCGGUCGGUCAGCUGCUUUACCGCAUGUGUGAGGAGAAUGCGGUGAUCGGGUGCCUGUCGUUCAAGGCGCGGAACGCCGACCCACGUGUGCGCCCAUUUUACUCGCGCAUCCUGUACACGUGGUAUGUUUUCCGAGGCGACUACAGGGACGAUGCUGACGGAGAGGAGGCAGCCGCGUUAACGAUGUACCAGCGCGCGCGCAAGUUUGCCGUCGCCACGAGCGCCGACACGUUGGCGUUCAUCGAGUUCGCGGAGUUACAGCUCGAAGCGUAUGUUGUCGCGAUGAACGCGCUCGCACUCGUCGACCCCAAGAACCAAUGGAUAACGCUGCCCAUCACUGGCGAGAAUGGACACGAGUCUCGCAAACGCCGGAAGCUAUCUAGACACAUUCCGGAGCACAAAUACUCCGCUGGCAAUCGUGACUCGGAGGUUGUAGAGCUCAGAGACAUGCAAUACGAGUAUGCGCUCUUGUCUGCGCGCGUUGAGCUCGUGCAGAGGGACCCCACGUUGUUGUCGGGCGGUGACUUUGCGCUGCCCCCCGAAUCGAUCGUCCUGCGCCUGGCGCAAGCGAACCGAUUUGAUACAGCACUCGCCGUCGCUAAGAGCCUAGACGUGGACAUGUCUGACGUAUUCAGCCACCUCACAGCGCGCUGCUUACGGCUCUCUCGCGAUCCAGACUCUGUGAUGGGCGAAGAUACGUCCGAUUGGCUACUAUCAGACAAGGUUGCCUCUUGGCCGGGGUCCUCCGCGGACAAAGGCUGGCGAUAUCUGCGUCAGGCGCUCGAGCGGCACGACGGACCCGCAACCGAUUAUGCCUACGCCAAGGUCGCACUCGAGACCGUCAUGGGCUUCGACCGCUCUGCUGCGCCGGCGCUUUGGCUUGUACAGUCGCUUCAGGAGCAGCACCCGGAGUACCUCAUCCGUACGUGUCUGCGGUACGAGGCAUUUGAGUCCGCAAUUGACCACACCCUCACGAUGAUGCGCAAGAGCGACUCGCGCCUCACCGACGAAGUGGCAAAGACUGCGGCAGUUACGUGGCUGCCGUAUACGCUCAUCGACCAGGUGCUCGUCGCCGUGGACCUACAGACAGACCUCUCGCCGCGUGCUCGAACUCUCUUGAGCGCACUGCGCUCUGAAACCGCGAGUCGUACGAGGCGGGUGCAAAAGUACACCCAGGCGGUGCGUUCUGCCCCCAGCGCGAUGGUGGCAUAA